UCUGUACAAAUCGGUAGUAGCCUUUGACCGAAGAGACCUCAGUUCUUACAACACCGUCGUAGAGUUACCGUCGUGUCUUACUUUAUUCGAACACUGAGUGAAAUAACAAGUUGAAUUUAAGUAAACAUAUUUACUUGACUUAUAAUACUAAAAGCAAGAAACAAUUUACUACAUUAAAGUAUAAUAUUUAUUAUUCUUAUAAAAAUUGCGUUAAUCAUUUUAUAAAUUACUACAGACAAUACGUUUUUACUGCAAUUAAGAAUAUAUUUUCUUUGCACUAUUGAAGUGAACUAAUACUUGAAUUAAGAUAUUUUACUUGGAAAUAUAGACUUUUUUCUCACAGUGAACGGAUUUGAAAAUAAUUUUUCGCUUUUUGUUAAAUUAAAAUAACUGCAUUAACGAAAUAAAUUCAAAAUGUCUUACACUGAUUUAAACCAAACGUGCAAAGUGUCUACCACAUCUGUAGAGAUGCCGGCGUAUCCGUCUUCGCCUGAGAGCAUGAGGACGAGCGUGUCGGAGGAGUGGUAUUACAACCAACAAUCAAAUCGUGAUCAUUCACCUCUUUCCGACGCUGACCAAAAUACUGAUGCUGUUAAUACGAAUGAUACUUUGGUAGCAGCCGAUUCAAAUUCUGAGUUUUUGAAUUUACAACCACUUGAGCAUCAACAAUUAACAGAGCCAUUAAUCAACAAAGGCGUCAACGAAUUACCAACAGAAAAUCUUCAGCAACAUCUUCCUCAGUGUCCCAAAAAUAAAUCUUCGAAUCAAGCGGAGCGAGCUUCUGCAAAAGAAAAGAAUCAACAAAGACGAGCACGAACCGCAUUCACUACGGAGCAACUCAAUCAGCUAGAAAGAAUUUUCUGUGAGAACAAUUACUUAUGCCGUACAACUAGAAUUAACACUGCGUCUAAAUUGAAACUCACCGAAAGACAGGUCAAAGUAUGGUUUCAGAAUCGUAGAAUGAAGCUGAAAAAAACCACCGAAAGUAAAGUCGAUAAAAUCGAGAAGAAAAAUUUAAAUCCUCCGAAGAAUGGAAACAAUCAGUUACUUGCCGCUGAAGUUGAUCGUAGGCGAAUGAACCCACUUGGAUUAGGUUCAACUAUACACUACCAUCAUUCGCCACCGAUUCAAGAUAUGGGUUUUAAAAACGACGGUAACUACUGGACGAAUGGUACCAACUACCAACCGGCAUACAGCGGAAGUAUGCAAAAUACUACCAUUUAUACUGAAUCUUCUCAGGCCCAAGUGUAUAAUAACAACAUUAAUAAUUAUUAUUCACCCGUCAAUGGGUUCUAUAAUAAUAAUAAUAAUAAUAACUAUACCAGUUAUUAUGUAAAGCCUGUUGACUACAUAGAUUAUAACCAUAAAGAACACACUACUGUCACUGGCUAUCCGGCUAAUAACAGUAACUAUUAUACAUACGGAGUAAGUCCUGAUUCAGAGCAAACCUUUAGCUCUGUCCCAGAAAUUACAUCAUCGACUGAAUUAAACAAAGAAUUCAAUGGUUUAAAUUUUUUAAGCACUACCAUGAAUACCUAUCAAUUUCAAUAAGCAAUGGGAUUUAAUAGAUAUCAUUAUUAAGUAAGGCUAAUAUUUUUGUGUUAUGUUAAGUCAUGAAGAAGGGAACAUGUAAAUAAUGAUCAAGUAUUUAAUUCAUGGGCAAUAAGAAUAAAAAUUCAGUGGAUAAAAUUAUAAUUAAAUAAGUAGU